AUGGUGCCACUAGCAUAUUAUGAUCAAUGUGUUGUGCCUUUAGAACACUCUUACAAACUGGCCACAACCAACUCAUUAACCCAUCAGUACACAGGUGAAAAUCUAAAUCAACUCAAUAAUCAGUCUUUGGUCAGAGUACAAUCUGAUAGUAAUCACUUUGCAGCACUUCCACUAAGAUCCAGCCAGAAGGUGCAGAGGUUCUCUGCCAAGCCUCAGGAUACAAUUUCACAGGGUUUCUGUAACAGGGUUUUGAAAUCACCGCUACCCCAGUCCAAACGUCAGGCUACACCUUCACUAGACCUCCACCAGAGAACUCCAUUGCAGCCUAAUUGGAGAUCUCUGAGCUCAUCUUCGUUCCACCCUGAACCUCAAAUAACAUCUUCACUUGACCUCAACAAAUCAUCGUCAUCAGUGGAGCUCAAUCAAACAAAUUUGAACUCACAAUUAUCCCUCCCCAAACCUCAGAAUACAACUUCCUUAGACCUUUGUUGGAAAUCACCUUUACUGAAGUCUAAUAAAAAGGUCUCAAGUUCUUCAUUCAUCCCCUUCAAACAUCAAGAAACACCUCCCUUUGUUACCCACAAGGCAUCAUUAUCUUUGGGACCUAAUCAAAGAGCCUUUAGGGCAGCAUUACUUCAGUCUAAGACUCAGAAAUUAUCUUCAUUGGACAGCCUUUGGGCAUCUUUAUUGGAGAAUAAUCAAAGAUCUUUGAGCUCCCCCUCUCUCACGUCUAUACGCCGAACAAAUGACUUGCUUCAGAUAUCACCUUCAUUGCAGCCCAGUCAAAUGGCUUCUAGAUCUCCGAUACCUGACUCCAGACCCCAGACACCACCUAUAUUGAACCCUAAUCCUUGUGUUCUGAGUUUACCAUCUUCUAACUCAAGACCGAGGAAAUCACCUUUAUCAUACUCUGUUCGCCAGACUCAGAGUUUUCCAUUGUUCCAGUCCAAAUCCCAGACAGUGCUUACUCUGAAUCAUACCCAUAGGACUCAGAGCUCACCAGUUUAUGACUCCAAGUUUCAAAACACCACUUCACCUGAUGAAAAUCACAGAGCCACAUAUGUAUCUUCAUCCCAUCUCAAACUAAAUGUCUCACGUAGAUCAUUGUCAAGCUCCAAAAAUAUAGCUGCUACAACACGGGGUUCCAGAAUCCAGAGCAAGCGCAGCUUUGAUCAUUAUGCAAAAACAUAUUCAAAUAAAAAAAUUCCAUGGACUUUAGAUUAUAUUUAUCCUUGCAUUGUUAAAGGUGGAACUGUCCCUGAUGAUGUUGUAAAUAAAAUUAUCAAUUCUCUUUCCAAGACCAGAAUCCAAAGGGAUCUCUCUAGGCAAAUUCUCUUUCGAAGGAUGAGAGGAAAGCCAAAUCCUCAUCCUGGUCCCCGCCUUUCAUCACGUUACAUGGUUUGUUUAGCUUGUGCUUCCUGCAUAAAAACUCAGUGUAAGCAUCUUACAGGAAAAAAAGAUCCUCGUGGUGCAAUACUGUCUGUCGUACCAACACCUGAGCCCAGUUCUGAGAGAGAUGUAGAGGUGAAAUUAGUUUUUAUCCUUUCUCUACCAGAGACUUCUUUCUCAUCUUAUCUUCCAUUCCCUGUGAAAGAAAAUCAACCUGAUGAAGCCCUUGAAGAGAGUGUUGAAGGAAUGAAGAAGAUAUCACAGUUUUCUCCCUUUGAACCUGAUAACACCCAUGGGCUUAAUGUGAAGAAAAAUUUGCUGACAGCAGCCCCUGAAAACAAAGUUGUAAGUCAACAGGCCCAGGCUAUUGACUGGCUGCUUUAUGUUAAGAAAAGUAAUCCUCAACUACAGACUAGGCUCCCAUCUUCUCCCUCUUCCACAUCUUUCUCCUCAUCCUCCUCUUCAUCUUCUUCCUCCUCUUCCUGUUCCAUUGCACCCUCCUCACCCUAUCCUUGCAAAGAGUCUACCACAUCUAACUUUUCAGGUUGUGUGUUCACUAAGUUAGUUAGUUACCACCGGUUGCCUCCAGGGAUCUCCUGGCUUGAGUUUAUAUGUAGCAAAAAUUACCAGCUACUUCCUGGAAAAACACAUCAAAGUCAGUCUCCACCUCCCAAAACAAAUCCUGUGAGGGAUAGCACCACAGUGAAAGGGCCAAAGGGGCCAAGUCUACUGUUCAAAUUAUUCCAGACAAAGUAA